AUGUCUGCUCAAUUUUCCGCGUGCUAUGCUGCGGCUGGCAUCUCUGCCACGCUAGUAAAUACCACCCAAUACGCCAGUGUUUCGAGUGUGUCCCACGCCGUGAAGCCCGCUCUUAGCCUUGCAUCGCAUGUGCGGCAGCGCGCGUCGCACAGCAAGGGCUCCGUUGCCAUGUCACCUGGCCUAGUCCACAUGGCCGCCAUUUCCGCGUCAAUGUCCGAAGAUGUGGAGGGUAAUUAUCCUUCUUCCGAAGCAAAGUCCACAGCAGCAGCCCUGUCUAAUAUGAAUUCGGAGAUUUCACGUACCCCUGGGGGCGAUUCUUUGCAAUCUGCUCCAUUGACUCAAGCGGGGUCUGCGGUAGCUGAGCUAGCUGUAGGGGCCCCAGCUGUAGCAGAGUCCGCUGUAGCAGAAUCCGCUGUAGCAGCGUCCGCUGUAGCGGAGCCGGCUGUAGCGGGCCCGAACGAGUUGGUGGAGGACGGCGCUGUGAUCGUGCGAGACGACCUGGACGAGCUGCUCCACUGCCUGCCGGGGAACCUUCGCGGAAACUUGCUGCAGCACCCUCGCAGAUCUGAGCUGCUCGAGGUGGUGUUGGAUCUCGGCCGUCGACCCGAGGCGCGCUUUCUGGGCGAUGGCGGGGCUGAGUACCUUCAGGAGGCAGAGGUCACCCGCGCGGAUCUCGAAUCCGCCUGCGAGUCCAUCGGCGCGUUUGGCGGCGACAAUCGCGCUGGCGUGGAGGGGACGCUCCAUCGCAUCAGCGCCAUCCGCAACCGCAAGGGUGACGUGGUCGGGCUGACGUGUCGCGUAGGGCGCGCGGUCACCGGCCACGUGGACAUGGUCCGCGAUCUGCUGCACCACGGACAGAGCCUGCUGUUUCUUGGAAGGCCCGGCGUGGGUAAAACAACAGUGAUCCGCGAGAUUGCGCGAGUGCUAGCAGACGAGAUGCAGAAGCGUGUGGUGAUAGUGGACACGAGCAACGAGAUCGGCGGGGACGGGGACGUGCCUCACCCCGCGAUUGGCGGCGCGCGGCGCAUGCAGGUGCCGGAUCCGGCGCUGCAGCACCGCGUGAUGGUGGAAGCCGUGGAGAACCACAUGCCGCAGGUGGUGAUAGUGGACGAGAUUGGGACGGAGGCGGAGGCGCUGGCAUGCAGGACGAUAGCGGAGAGGGGAGUGAUGCUGGUGGGCACGGCUCACGGGCAGCUGCUGGAGAAUCUCAUCAAGAACCCCACGCUCUGUGAUCUGGUGGGCGGGGUGCAAACAGUGACCUUGGGAGACGAGGAGGCGAGGUCGCGAGGCACACAGAAAAGUGUGCUGGAGAGAACAGCGCCGCCCACAUUCCCUGUGCUCAUUGAGAUGCGCGAGAGGCACUUCUGGGUGGCCCAUCAGACGGACAGGAGUGUGGAUGCCUUGCUGCAUGGCAAGCGCCCUCAGGUGGAAGUCCGCACGCGUGACGAGUCCUUCCACGUCACCAUUGACCGCCGGCUUUACGACCGCAACGGCACCUCCUCCUCCUCUUCCUCUUCCUCUUCUUCCUCCUCUGCUUCCUCCCCGGCUAAUUCCAGCAGCAGAAUGGGCGCUGUGGGGGAGAAAAUGGGGGAGAGCAUGUUUGGUGCGGGGAGUGCAGGUCCAGGCGUGGUCCUAGGGGGGAGGGAGCGGGAGAGGGACCUGUAUUGGAUGGCUGGGAGCGAUGAUGAGGGGUUUGACUGGAUGGAGGGCGGUACUAGCACGCGGUAUGAGUUCAGCUAUGGAAGGAACGGCGGUGGGGGGGGUGGGAAGGGCGUGGGGCGAGAGGUGGCAGUGGAGCAAACGUAUUCCUGGGCUGCCAAGCUUGAGGCGUCACUUGAGCAGCUUCGUGAGCUGCUGCGAUGCUUCGUGAUAGCACUGGAUGCUUGA